AUGCCUCUGCACAUCCUAACCCUAACGGAAGGUACUCACAACACACAGGGUAAGAGGACAAAAAGGGAAGCCCUUCUGGGAAGUUUUGACCCUCAUGUGUAUUUAGAUGCCAUUGGAGUUCCGAGGGGGGUCCCUGAUGAAUUCAAGGCCCUAGACCAGGUAAAAGCAGGUUUAGAGGCCCUAAUCCCCAUAAUAACUGUUAGCAAAAAUGUAGACUGGAUAAAUUAUAUAUAUUACAAUCAGCAAAGGUUUGUCAAUUACACGAGAGACGCAUUCCAGGGAAUAGCCGAACAGUUGGAGGCCGACUCUCAAAUGACUUUCCAGAACCGGAUGGCUCUGGAUAUGAUAUUUGCAGAGAAAGGAGGGGUUUGUACUGUGAUAGACAAAAUGACCAGCACCACUUGCUGUACCUAUAUUCCAGACAACACCGGCCCGAAUGGCCAAGUCACUGUAGCCCUUAAAAAGUUGAAGAAUCUAACUCUUAUUACUGUACAUGGUAAUGUGUCUAUUUCUGUCUUCUUUGAAAAGCUGCACAAAUAUGUGAGAAAUCUUAAUCACACCGACCCAACCGGAGGCAAGAUCUACUUUAAUGAGAGAAGAGAAGUUCCAACUGAUCUCAGAAUUUGCAAGAUUCUAAGACCAGACUUUGUGCCUCAAACAUUUCCCAAUAUGAGUGAUCCCUUCUACUGGAAAAAAGGCAAACCUCCGGUAUAUCUCGAUGUUCAGAUCCUGUAUACCCGGCAGCAGAAAAAAGUUGGAUCUUCAAUUCACAAAUGUUGCUAUGAUUGUGUCUCAUGUCCAGAAGGAGAGAUCUCCAACAUUUCCGACAGUGAAAACUGCAUGAAAUGUCCUGAUGAUGAAUGGCCAAAUGAGAAGAAGGAUCGGUGUGUUCCAAGAGUGGUGGAAUUUCUCUCCUACACUGAUGAUCCCAUUGUUGGAGUAUUUUCAGCUGUCUCCAUCCUCUGUUGUCUUCUGACUGGUUUAAUAUUGGGGAUAUUUAUACAUUACCGGGGCACCCCCAUUGUUAAAGCCAAUAACCGAGACCUGAGCUAUCUUCUCCUGGUCUCCAUCAUGCUGAGCUUCCUCUGUGUCUUCUUGUUCCUCGGCCAUCCAGUAGAUGUGACCUGCAUGCUGCGUGUCACCUCUUUUGGUGUCAUCUUCUCAGUUGCCGUCUCUUCUCUACUUGCCAAAAGUAUCAUGGUGUGUAUUGCUUUUAAAGCCACCAAACCUGGGAGUCCCUGGAGGAAAUGGAUGGGAGCCAAACUGCCCAAUUUUAUCAUUUGUGUCUUCUCAUUGGUCCAAGUCAUAAUCUGUGGCACUUGGUUGUCUAUUUCUCCUUCCUUCCAGGAUCGGGACACUCACUCUUAUCAGGGGAAGAUCAUCAUUCAGUGUAAUGAGGGUUCAGUUAUCGGCUUCUACUCUGUCCUGGGAUAUAUGGGGCUUCUGGCAGCUGUGAGUUUCACUGUCGCUUUUUUAGCCAGGACAUUACCGGACAGUUUUAAUGAGGCCAAGUACAUCACCUUCAGCAUGCUGGUGUUCUGCAGUGUCUGGAUUGCCAUGAUCCCGGCCUAUCUGAGCACCAGAGGGAAAUACAUGGUGGCUGUGGAGGUUUUUGCUAUAAUGGCCUCAAGUUCUGGACUUCUUGGCUGUAUAUUUUUCCCAAAAUGUUACAUAAUUCUGUUCAGACCUGACCUGAAUAUAAAAAUCAUUAUCCGCUAAUAUAUAUGGAGACACACUGGGCUACCAGUAGUUAUAGAAUUAUCUCUAUUGUUGUUAAAUCUAAUAUGCUGUUAGUGUAUUGAGAAUGAACACUGCUAUACUGUAUAUGAAUAUUUCAUACUUACCUCUCUGGUGGACGGUGAGUUAAAUUUUUGCUCUGGACACUGAUGGUAUCAGACAAUUUGGGUUUGUUGGAAACCUUGUCCCCUGCUGGGUGUAGUAGUUCCCCCACCAACCGUUCCAUUAAUACAGAACAAUGUAGUCACUCAGUGAGGAGGAACCACAGUGACCAGAGGAGGGCAAAGUAUCCAAAAUAUCCUAAAGUGUCCGAUACCAGAGACACCCAUCACUCUUCCAGAGAGGGAAGAUUUCACUCACCACCUUCCUGGAAGAUAAAUACUAAACAUGUUCUUUUGUAAGCUGAGUGUAAUGUCAUUUUUUUAUUAUGUCACUUUUAUUAUUUUAUAUGUAGAUG